GCAUAGAGCUCUGCCCCCCGGGAAAACGGUUCCUGAUCACGAUGGUGGCGAGCUUCGUGGCCACGGCAGGGCAGCUCCUCAUGCCCGGGCUGGCCGCCCUGUGCCGGGACUGGCAGGUGCUGCAGGCCCUCAUCAUCUGCCCCUUCCUGCUUAUGCUGCUCUACUGGUCGAUCUUCCCAGAGUCCCUGCGCUGGCUCAUGGCCACGCACCAGUUUGCAUCGGCAAAGAAGCUGAUCCUGCGCUUCACCCAGAAGAACCGCAUGAACCCCGAGAGCGACAUCAAAGGCGUGAUGCCUGCUGUAACUAGUGAGGUUGGUGACCCUCUCGCCAUUGGAUGGCAGGAAAGAGAGCUGGAGAAGGAGCUUUCCCGGAGGCCCAAGAAGGUCUGCAUCGUGAAAGUGGCGGGAACCCGGAACCUGUGGAAGAACAUCGUGGUGCUGUGCGUGAACUCGCUGACCGGCUUCGGGAUCCACCACUGCUUCGCACGCAGCAUGAUGGGGCACGAGGUGAAGGUGCCGCUGCUCGAGAACUUCUACGCCGACUACUACACGGCGGCCGGCAUCGCCCUGGCGUCCUGCCUGGCCAUGUGCCCGGUGGUGCGGUUCCUGGGGCGCCGGGGAGGCCUCCUGCUGUUCAUGAUCGUCACGGCCCUGGCCUCGCUCCUGCAGCUGGGGCUGCUCAACCUGAUCGGAAAAUACAGCCAGCAUCCAGACUCAGGAAUGAGCGAGAGUGUCAAGGACAAGUUCUCCAUCGCCUUCUCCAUCGUGGGCAUGUUCGCGUCCCACGCAGCGGGGAGCCUCAGUGUGUUCUUCUGUGCAGAGAUCACUCCCACAGUAAUAAGGUGCGGCGGCCUGGGGCUGGUGCUGGCCAGUGCAGGCUUCGGCAUGCUGACGGCGCCCAUCAUCGAGCUGCACAACCAGAAGGGCUACUUCCUGCACCACAUCAUCUUCGCCUGCUGCACGCUCAUCUGCAUCAUCUGCCUCCUGCUGCUUCCCGAGAGCCGGGACCAGAACCUGCCCGAGAGCAUCCCCGACGGCGAGCACUACACGCGCCAGCCGCUGCUGCCGCCCAGGCGCGGGGAGCAGCCACUCCUGCUCACCAACGCCGAGCUCAAGGACUACUCGGGGCUGCACGCCGCGGCCGCCGGGCUGCCGGACGGUGCCACGGCCAACGGCGGGCGGCCCAUGUAGCAGGGCCCUGGGGGCGGACCGGGCUGAGCGCGGCCACGGGCGAGCCCACUCUGCCGAGGCCGGCGUGGGGACCCCCGAGGAGCCCAUGUUUGAGGAAGCGGACUUCGCAAACGACCCUUCAAGGAUUUUCCUUUCUGCCAUUAAACGUUUGUAUUUAUUUUGGUCAUUUCUACAAGAAGCACUUUAUUCCCUUCCCUUCACGGAUCUCGAAAUGGAGCCACCUCCUCGGGAAGGGGGACGCGGUGGCCGAGGACACGCGUAAGGACCGUGCAGCCCAGGCCCCCCGGGAGGUCGGCUGCGCCCUCAGAGCCAGCCGUCCCCGAGGCCAUGCGCAGAGACCGACCAGCCACCGUCUGGAGCACUCCCACAGCUGCGCUUUUGUUCAGACUGAAACGUAGAUGGUUAGGGUUUUGCUGGAGUCCGUGUAUGGGUUCUAAGGGUUCUUCUGUAAGGUAAGACCUUCUGCUCCAUGUGCUGGGGGAAAGCAGCUCACAGCACCAUUAAAACCAGCUCAGUCUUUCCUGCGGGAUCAUCCUUUUAUACUUCAUGCUGGAAGCUCUUUGGGGGAGAAGCUUAACCAUUUCAUUAGAAAUCCUGAUUAGUGACGGCACGGCCACGGUCUUCCAAGGCAGGUCUGCCCAGCUCAGCCCCCGAGUAGCAGACGCGCCGAGUCGGAGACAAGUUAGUGUUAUCACCCCUCCUCCCAGUUCAGCUCCAGCAGGCAAGUCCCCUCUUGCAGUCAGCUUUUCUGCCAGCACGACAUGAACACACGGCUACUUCCUCAACGAAAACCAAUAGGAAAAUAACUAAAUAGGCAACUAAGGCAGCCCCCCAGGAGGGAGCGGUGCUCUUGCAAAUACGUCCCGUCAGCCACGUCCCGAGCACACACCGCGCAGAAAUCACCAGCUUGGAGGCCUCGGCUCCGCUGGCCACCGGCGCAGAGCCCAGAGCCCGCGGGGGAUGGCCCCGUGCCCUCUGCUUCCGUCAGCACGGAGCCGGGCCUGGGGCAAGGAGCGGGCCCCUCACCGGGGAGCCCAGCUGACCGCAGCCUCCGAGAGCAUCAAGACCAACUGAGAGAAGCAAUAACUCACCAAAGCUCGAGCCCCACCCCG